GGGGCCUGGACUAGAUGACCUUGGCUGGCUCACCUGCAUCCCCGAGGGCUGCCACGGCACAGGAGAACCUAUCAUAAUUGAAGAAAAAUGAUGGAAGAGAGUGGAAUAGAGACAACACCACCUGGGACUCCUCCACCAAAUCCUGCAGGACCGGCUGCUGCUGCCGAUUCUGUUCCUGCUGCUGCAGUGUCUUCCACCCCUGUUCCUUUAGCUGCAACCAGUUCUUUUUCUUCUCCAAAUGUAUCUUCUGUGCAGUCCUUGCCACCACAUGCAUAUUCCACCCCUCAGCCGUCCCUUCCUCCUGUGAGGCCUUCGGCAUCAUUGCCUUUUGUGCCUCCUUCACCAGUUCCUUCUCCACCACUUGUUACUGCUAUAACACCCCCUGUUUCUCCACCAACUGCUGCUGCCUUCAGUACUCCUCCUCUGUCCCACUUCCCAGCUUCGACUUCUGCCCCAAGUACUCUUCCACCUGCGCCCGCUUCGGGUCCUCCUACAUCAGGAUUUUCUGUUGGUUCAGCUUAUGACAUUACAAGGGGACAUGCAGGAAGAGCUCCCCAGACACCCUUGAUGCCGUCAUUUUCUGCACCUACCGUAACAGGUAUUUUGCCAGCCCCUAUUACUCAGCAAGCCAGUUUGACAUCUCUAGCCCAGGGGUCGGAGACCACAUCAGCCAUUACUUUCCCAGAGGAACAAGAGGACCCUAGAAUUGUUAGAGGUCAGGAUGAAGCAUCUGCUGGUGGACUCUGGGGUUUUAUUAAGGGUGUAGCUGGGAAUCCUAUGGUGAAAUCUGUGCUUGAUAAAACAAAGCAUUCAGUAGAAAGCAUGAUUACAACGCUGGACCCUGGCAUGGCUCCAUAUAUCAAAUCUGGAGGUGAACUGGAUAUUGUUGUGACCUCAAAUAAAGAAGUAAAAGUCGCUGCAGUCCGGGAUGCCUUCCAGGAGGUCUUUGGCUUAGCUGUGGUGAUGGGUGAAGCUGUUCAGUCCAAUAUUGCCCCACAACCAGUGGGCUAUGCAGCUGGAUUAAAAGGAGCCCAGGAACGGAUAGAUACCUUGCGUCGAAAUGGAGUGAUCCAUGAGAAACAGAUUGCUGUGUCAGUAGAAAACUUUAUCGCAGAAUUGCUACCAGACAAGUGGUUUGAUAUUGGUUGUGUGAUAGUUGAAGAUCCUGUUCAUGGCAUUCAUCUAGAAACAUUUACACAAGCGACACCAGUGCCUUUGGAAUUUGUGCAACAGGCUCAAAGUCUAACUCCCCAGGACUACAAUCUAAGGUGGUCAGGCCUUUUGGUGACAGUGGGCGAAGUCCUGGAAAAGAGUUUAGUAAAUGUCAGCCGGACUGAUUGGCACAUGGCUUUCACUGGCAUGUCACGUCGACAGAUGAUCUACAGUGCAGCCAAAGCAAUAGCGGGCAUGUAUAAACAGCGCCUACCACCCAGGGCCGUGUGAGAGAAGACUUAUCUAGGAUACUGAGAUGUCCUCACUUUGACCUUGGUGUAAAGAAGAGAUUUGACUUUCUUAAAUUGGAUAGCUUCAGUGAUCCAGCAGUUUUGGUAAUUCUACUGUAGGCUACAGAUUUUCUUUCCCUUUAAAAAAGCAUGGUUUUAUGUCAGUAGAUGAAACAGAUCCUUUUUAUGAUCAUAAUUUCAUGGACUGUAGUUCCCAAAAGAAAUACACAGUAUAAAUAUUUUUAUAGGACAGUUUGAUAUACCAGAUUUAUAAGGUGCAAAUUCAUGUGUUAAGACAUUUAACUUAAAGAUAUGUACUUGAUUAUUUUUUUUUAAGAAAACAU